UAAGAUUGAUGAUAAAGAGAAAGUGGUUUGGUAAAACUUGACGACUUUAACAGCAAGUAACUUGCCAACGUUUUUUGAUAAGAUUUAUGGCUUUAGUUAUUUUGGCCAGGUCGGUUGGUUUUCUCACUGUGCCUAUGUUCCAAAUUUGAUCUCGGUUCCUUAGAAUUUCAGAUUUGAACGAGUUGUUGCAAGUAGAGUGUUAUCAGUUUUUCUUCUAAGUUGUUGCAUGUCUUUUGUUUUAUUUGAAGUUUUAAUGUGAUUUGUAAGGUUUAUGAUGUCUCAGUUUGAUACAAAGAUUAAACAAAAGAUCUUCCUUGGAUGAUAGUACACAUGAUAUGUUGAAAUUUAAAGUUGUUAAACGUCUGUUAAUAUUAGCUAAAUAGAGUAUAACUUAUAUGUAUCAUCUUCACAAAACUUUACAAAAGGGAAUUAGGAGUUAAGUCGAAUGUUUUUUUCUAGUCGUCUCCCAAAAUGGUAAAACCGAAUCUCAUCCAUCUUCAAAGUUAUCUACCCUGGUUUAGUCACCGGACCUCUCCCUUUUCGGUUCGAUCUCAUCCCUCUCCUUAUACUAAUCUCCUUGACUAGAAACAGCUUAACCGGUCCUAUACCCAAUUCUUUAUGAUCUCUCUCAAACCUCCACAGUCUUGACCUUAGCUAUAACCAACUCUCAGGCUCUCUUCCUCCUUUUCUCACUACACUUCCUCGUCUCAGAGUCCUUGUUUUAGCCUCAAACAACAUCGUAUAUAAUAGAUUGUUUUCUUUUUGGAGAAAAAAGAUAUAAUAGGAUAUAAAUGGUGACGUAAGGAAUUAAAAAGAAUAAUCAAUUCCUACUCGUUCUUUAAAAUUUACACAAUUUUAUUAAGAAUAUUUGUUGCGUAUGAUUUCUUAUCAUUAUUUAAACUUUAAAGAACUAUAGAAAAAUAAUAUUUCUUAUCAAAAUUGAUAUGACACAAAAAUAAUAAAUAUUUAUUUUUAUUCAUUUUAUUUUGUUUAUUUUCAUUUUUUUUCAUGCAUGCUCAUUCUUAUUCAUAUUUAAAUGGUCACCAAUUAGAGCAUUUGUAUUACAAAAAAAAAAGAUAUACUGAAUCUUCUAUGAUAUAUUACUCCCUGUUGAGAGAGAAAGAUAUAUUGCAUUACCAAAAAAAAAAUAUUGGAUCUUAUAUGAUAUAUUGUUUCCUUUGGGAGAAAAGGAUAUAUAAGACCCUAUUAUAUCAAAGUUUAAUAUCAAAAUCAGAAUAUCUAAUGGUUCUGCAUGUUAUGCUUCCAUGGGAACUGGAGGAAGAAAUACUCUAUCGUCUUCCACCUAAAUCUCUUGUUCGAUUCAGAGCAGUGUCUAAGAGAUGGAACUCUCUUUUCAACAACAAGAGUUUCAUCAACAAGCACUUGUCUCACUCCCGUCCCCAGUUCAUUUUCCUAACCCAAUCAAAGAUUUAUUCGAUAGACAUCAUCGAUCAAAAGAUACAUUUGCGUGAGCUGCACUCUUCUUGCAGGGAGUUAAAUUCGGAAUAUGGUACCAUCAGUACUUGCGAUGAUCUCUUGUUCUGUAAAUAUCCAUUUCUCUGGAAGAAGGAGACAGCGCUUUGGAAUCCAUGCUCGAGACAGUUAAACUUGAUCAAGUUGUCUGUGGACAGAGACUUCACUGUUCUUGGCUUAGGAUACGACAAUAGUGGACCCCAAAAGGUUCACAAGAUUUUACUGUACUACCCCCACCCCGAGGAAGUUGCAAUUUACGAGUGUGCCUCUCACGUGUUGAGGUAUAUUAAUACACUUGAGGAGGACAUGUACAUAUGUGACAUGUCUAACGAAGCCAAAGGGUGGCCACAUGUGUCCUUGAAUGGAAAUUUGUAUUGGAUUGCUUACAAUCGCCAGACUUGUGAGUAUUUCAUCCAAAGCUUUAAUUUCUCGAAUGAGAUUUUCAAACCCGUUUGUCUUCUUCCUCCGUUUGAAGAUGACCAUUCUUGGAAUGAACAUCUCCUUGCGGUUUGGAAAGGAGAUCGGUUUUCGUUGUUACAGCAAUGCUUUUUAACAAGGAAUAUUGGAAUUUGGGUAACUAAGGAUAAGGCUGAUGAUAAAAAAGAAGUGGUGUGGAUAAACUUGAUGACCUUGACAGCAACUAACUUGCCAUACUUGUGUAAUAAAAUGUAUGGGGUUAGUUACUUCAUCUAUGAUAAGACCUUAUUCAUGUGUUGUGGCGAUGGAAGUAGUCAGCCUUGCAUCCAUAUUGUGAAGGGAGACAGGUGCAAUAAGAUUCAGAUAGGUUAUGGCGAGGAUGGUUGGUUUUCUCACUGUGCAUAUGUUCCAAAUUUGGACUCGGUUCCUUUAGAAUUUCAGAUUGAGUGAACUGUUGCAAGGCUACUGUUAUCAGUUUUUCUUUUAAGUUGUUGUAUGUCUUUUUUUUUUUUUUAUUCAAACCUUGUAUGUCUUUUGUUUAUUUGAAUUGUUUUAAUGUGAUUUUUUGUAAGGUUUAUGUCUCACUUUUGUUCACUCUACUUUCUCUUCAUUAGCUCCUAUGGACCGGGCCGCUCUUAAUCCAUCAGAGACUCUUUAACUGACAUGCUCCGUUUAGUAACCACUUGUCCCUGAC